AUGGACUUGAGCAUCCAAAAAAGUCCUUUGUCUGUUCAGAAAGUUGUAACGUGCAUGAAGAUGAAGCAGGCACCAGAAAUCCUUGGCAAUACGAAUGGAAAGACUCAGAACUGUGAAGUGAAUCGCGAAUGCUCUGUAUUCCUCAGUAAAACCCACCUCUCUCCCACUCUGCAAGAGGGGGUCAUGCAAAAAUUUAACGGCCACGAUGCACUUCCCUUUAUUCCUGCUGAGAAGCUGAAAGAUCUUACUUCCCGUGUGUUUAAUGGAGAACCUGGUGCUCAUGAUGCAAAAUUGCGUUUUGAGUCCCAGGAAAUGAAAGGAAUUGGGACACCACCUAACACAACUCCUAUUAAAAAUGGCUCUCCAGAAAUCAAGCUGAAGAUCACCAAAACAUACAUGAAUGGGAAACCUCUCUUUGAAUCUUCCAUUUGCGGGGACAGUGCAGCUGAUGUGUCCCAGGUUGAAGAAAAUGGACAGAAAGCAGAAAACAAGGCAAGAAGGAGCCGAAAGAGAAGCAUAAAAUAUGACUCCUUCCUAGAGCAGGGCCUUGUUGAAGCAGCGCUUGUAUCUAAGAUCUCAAGUCCCACAGACAAAAAGAUUCCAGCCAAGAAAGAGUCCUGUCCAAAUGGCAGCAGAGACAGAGAUCCUCUGCUGAAGUACAACAUUGGCGAUUUGGUAUGGUCCAAAGUGUCAGGUUAUCCUUGGUGGCCGUGCAUGGUGUCUGCUGACCCGCUUCUUCAUACCUGUACCAAACUGAAAGGUCAGAAAAAGAGUGCACGCCAGUAUCAUGUACAGUUCUUCGGGGAUGCCCCAGAAAGAGCUUGGAUAUUUGAGAAGAGCCUGGUAGCUUUUGAAGGAGAAGGACAGUUUGAAAAAUUAUGCCAGGAGAGUGCCAAACAGGCCCCAACGAAAGCUGAGAAGAUAAAGCUCUUAAAGCCUAUUUCAGGGAAACUACGGGCCCAAUGGGAAAUGGGUAUUGUUCAAGCAAAAGAAGCUGCAGGCAUGUCAGUAGAUGAACGGAAAGCCAAAUUCACCUUCCUCUAUGUGGGAGACCAGCUUCACCUUAACCCUUGCGUAGCUCGGGAGGCUGGUGUUGCUGUGGAGGCCCUGGGAGAAGCAAUCGAGUUCUCAGGAGCCAGUGAAGAAGCUGCUGACCACCUAGAGUGUUUGAAAGAGGAGGGCGUUCCAGUCAAGAGGCGGCGGAGAGCCAAACUGCUAAGCUCUGCUGACAGCCAGGAAAGCUAUUGUGGGACAGUUAACACUACUCCUCAAAAGAUGGCAGAGGCAGACCCCAAAAGAGGAGUAGGGUCUCCCCCCGGGAGAAAGAAGGCCACGGCCUGCAUGCCACGGAGCAGGAAGGGCGAUGCCGUGUCCCAGUUUUUGGUCUUCUGUCAGAAGCACAGGGAUGAGGUUGUCUCUGAGCAUCCAGAUGCGUCCAGCGAGGAGAUCGAAGAGCUCCUUGGCUCACAGUGGGACAUGCUCAAUGAAAAACAGAAAGCACGCUAUAAUACCAAGUUUGCCCUGGUGACCUGUCCCCCAUCUGAAGAAGACUCUGGUAACCUAAAUGGAAAAAAAAGAAACCACACCAAGCGGACACAGGAGCCGAUCGGAGACUUUGAAGUUGAGGAAGCACCCAGGAAGAGACUCAGGACAGACAAGCAGAGUCUUCGCAAGAGAGAGACGUUCACUGACAAAACCACCAGAACAAACUCCUCUAAAGUCACAGAGGCAACAACCUCCUCACUAAAGAGCCAGGCAGCAACGAGAAAUCUGUCUGACGCAUGCAAACCACUGAAGAAGCGAAACCGGGCUUCCACAGCAGCGCCUUCAGCUCUGGGGUUUAGCAAAAGUUCAUCUCCUUCCACAUCCUUAACUGAGAAUGAGGUCUCAGAUGGCGCUGGAGACGAGCCCUCGGAGUCCCCCUAUGAAAGUGCAGAUGAAACACAGACCGAAGUGUCCGUGUCGUCUAAGAAGUCCGAACGAGGAGUGACAGCCAAAAAGGAGUAUGUGUGCCAGCUGUGUGAGAAGACCGGCAGCCUCUUGUUGUGUGAGGGUCCCUGCUGCGGGGCUUUCCACCUUUCCUGCCUCGGGCUUUCCCGGAGACCGGAAGGGAGGUUCACCUGCAAUGAAUGUGCUUCAGGGAUUCACUCGUGUUUCGUGUGUAAGGAGAACAAGACAGAUGUUAAACGCUGUGUCGUGUCUCAGUGUGGAAAAUUUUACCAUGAAGCUUGUGUGAGAAAAUACCCUCUUACUGUAUUUGAAAGUCGGGGAUUUCGUUGUCCUCUCCACACUUGUGUGACCUGCCAUGUAUCAAACCCUUCAAAUCCAAGACCAUCCAAAGGUAAAAUGAUGCGGUGUGUUCGUUGCCCCGUUGCCUACCAUGGAGGGGACGCUUGCUUGGCAGCGGGGUGUUCAGUGAUUGCAUCCAACAGCAUCAUCUGCACGGGUCAUUUCACUGCCCGGAAGGGGAAGAGGCACCACUCACAUGUCAACGUGAGCUGGUGUUUUGUGUGCUCCAAAGGGGGGAGCCUUCUAUGCUGUGAGUCCUGCCCGGCAGCCUUCCACCCUGAUUGCCUGAACAUCGAGAUGCCUGAUGGGAGCUGGUUCUGCAAUGACUGCCGGGCUGGCAAGAAGCUACACUUCCAGGACAUCAUUUGGGUUAAACUUGGGAACUACAGAUGGUGGCCGGCAGAAGUUUGCCAUCCCAAAAAUGUCCCCCCAAAUAUUCAGAAAAUGAAGCACGAGAUUGGAGAAUUUCCUGUGUUUUUCUUUGGGUCUAAAGAUUAUUACUGGACACAUCAGGCACGAGUGUUCCCGUACAUGGAGGGUGAUCGGGGCAGCAGAUACCAAGGAAUUAAAGGAAUUGGAAAAGUCUUCAAAAACGCACUUCAAGAAGCUGAAGCUCGUUUUCGUGAAAUCAGACUCCAGAGGGAAGCCCGAGAGACCCAGGAGAGUGAGCGCAAACCCCCACCAUACAAGCACAUUAAGGUGAAUAAGCCGUAUGGGAAAGUGCAAAUCUAUACCGCUGAUAUUUCUGAAAUUCCUAAGUGUAACUGUAAGCCCACAGAUGAAAACCCUUGCGGCUUUGACUCCGAGUGUUUGAACCGAAUGCUGAUGUUUGAGUGCCACCCCCAGGUGUGCCCUGCGGGCGAGUACUGUCAGAAUCAGUGUUUUACCAAGCGCCAGUACCCCGAGACCAAGAUCAUCAAGACGGAUGGCAAAGGCUGGGGCCUGGUUGCCAAGAGGGAUAUUAAAAAGGGAGAAUUCGUGAACGAGUAUGUGGGUGAGCUGAUUGACGAAGAGGAGUGCAUGGCUAGAAUCAAGCAUGCUCAUGAGAACGACAUCACCCACUUCUACAUGCUUACCAUAGACAAGGACCGUAUAAUCGAUGCUGGCCCCAAAGGAAACUACUCGCGCUUCAUGAACCACAGCUGCCAGCCCAACUGUGAGACCCUCAAGUGGACAGUGAAUGGCGAUACACGAGUGGGCCUGUUUGCUGUGUGCGACAUUCCUGCAGGGACAGAGCUGACCUUUAAUUAUAACCUUGACUGUCUGGGCAAUGAGAAGACCGUCUGUCGGUGUGGAGCCUCCAACUGCAGUGGAUUUCUGGGGGAUCGGCCAAAGACCUCAACAUCCCUUUCUUCAGAGGAAAAGGGCAAAAAGAUCAAGAAGAAAACCAGAAGACGUAGAACAAAGGGCGAAGGCAAGAAGGCAUCCGAGGACGAGUGCUUCCGCUGUGGGGACGGGGGCCAGCUGGUCCUGUGUGACCGAAAGUUUUGCACCAAGGCCUACCACCUCUCCUGCCUUGGACUGGGCAAGCGGCCCUUUGGGAAGUGGGAAUGUCCUUGGCAUCAUUGUGACGUGUGUGGCAAACCUUCGACUUCGUUUUGCCACUUUUGUCCCAAUUCUUUUUGCAAGGACCACCAUGAUGGGACAGCCUUCAGCUCCACACAGGACGGACGGCUCUACUGCUCGGAGCACGAUGGGGGGGCUGAGUCAGUCAGAGGCACCAAGACGGACAAACCCUGCCCAGAACCAAUGAGGUGGAAAGGGAAGAGGAAGAGGAGGCGGGGUUGGCGCAGAGUCACUGAAGGCAAAUAG